UAAAGAUGUUUCCUUCUGCUAUCGAUUCUUAAUUUUACCAAAAACAGAUAAAGUCAUGGUCAUUUCUUUAAUCAGAACCUAGGACUAACUUGUUCUUUUUCUUCUUUAAUUAUUAUUUUCUCUGUUGUAUUGUUCUUCAAUUAUUAAUCCAACUAGUAAUAGCAUCACCAAAAGAAGAACAUAAAAAAUCUCUUCUUCCUUUUUCCUUUUCUCUGUCCAAUUAAUCAGAACAAAAAGCAAGGUUAGAAUUUAGGGUUUGUGGCUCUUGUACAACCAGAUAGAGGUAAACAUAGUGACAGGAAUCAUAAGAUCUAGAUCCUGCCUCUUUCUGAAAUGUUGGUUAUAGGGUUUAACUUUUCACCAAUUUUGUUUUCUGUUUAUCAUAAAAUCUAAGAAAAACCAUAAAAUUCUAAGAAAAAAGUAGCUUCGUCAGCUGAUUUUCAUCUGGAAAAAUAAUGUAGUUUAGGGUUUCUGAAGCGAAUCUAGAAAUAAAUCUCCUCAGUUUCCUAACUUUGACUUAAAGCUUUUGAAUCUCAUUGUUUUUGCAGGAAGAUGGUGAGAGGAAAGAUCGAGAUCAAGAAGAUCGAGAACAGGACAAGUAGACAAAUCACAUUCUCGAAGCGAAGGAACGGUCUCUUUAAGAAGGCUCAUGAGCUAUCUGUUUUAUGUGAUGCACAAGUCGCCGCCAUUGUCUUCUCUCAGAGCGGAAGAUUAUACGAAUUCUCUAGCUCCGAGAUGGAGAAGACGAUAGAAAGGUAUGUCAAGUUUAGUCCUGACUACUUUGUGCCAGGGAGGCCCCAAGUAGAACUAUACUUGCUGGAGCUUAAGAAGGAAAUGGAUAUAAUGGUAAAGAAGAUUGAUCUCCUUGAAGUUCAUCAACGGAAGCUAAUGGGGCAAGGUUUGGGUUCAUGUUCACUGGCACAACUUCAAGGGUUGGAAACUCAGAUUGAGAAAAGCCUUCGAAUUAUCAGAUCAAGAAAGGCUGAGUUAUAUGCAGAUCAACUAUUGAAACUAAAAGAAAAGGAGAGAGAACUCUUGGACCAGAGAAGAAGGUUACGUGAAGAGGAAAUCAGAGAAACCCUGGUACGGCCAAUGCUGCCAGUAACCUUACACACUGGGAAAGAUGAAACCGGAAGUGCCUGCAGAAUGUCCAAACAUUCAUCAGAAGUCGAGACCGAUCUAUUUAUUGGAUUUCCCGCUACUCGACUAUAAUACAUUUCAGACAUUCCUUUAGUCUGCUCAUAGUAAGAAAAAAAAUUGCUGAUAGUCUUAUAACUUUGAUUCGAUGUUUGUACUAAUAAUUAGCUUAUAAUUUUCUGCGUUUUGGCCCA